AGUCCAGAACGAGCAUAAGAAUCCGAUAAUGACAAUCAGUGUUACCAAGAGUUACAUUCUUAAAUUCUGCAAUGGAAUUGAUACCUUUUGAACAAUGGAAUUCUUCUCCUCAGCUAUGGUUGGAAGAAGUCCAAGGAUCAGUUGCAGCAUUGCAUCUAUUCUAGGAGCUCAGAAGACAACAAAGAAGAAUAAAACAAUCGUGGUUGGCUUGAAAGCUCACAACCGCAGUAGAGAAGUGCUUCUGCGCGUACUUAAUGAGAUGGUCAGGCCUGGUGAUAAUGUGGUAGCUGUUCAUGUACAGGAGCCUCAGGACAACUUCGAUUUGAACAGUUUUGAGAUCCAUGAAGAUCUCUGCAAAUCUAAGCAGGUGGAGUUCCAAGUCAAGAUCUGUGUUGGUGAGUCCUUCAUCGCCGUUCUAACCCAUCAAGUAAGACUGCACUUCGCAACGGAACUUGUGCUUGGGUGCAGCACCACACGGCCUGAAGAAUACUCCAUUGUUACUCCUUGCUUGAAACGAUUGCCUCCCACAUGCUCCCUGCUAGUUAUAAGCAAUUUGGGGAAAGUACUCGUCCGAAAACCAGGAACUUCACAAGAAGGGUCUACAAGUCCAAUCCCCCAGACACAAUCUUUGAAGACACACACUUCCCCUGCUACCUGGUUAGAACCCGGCCACAAGUCCCCCAAGCAGGAAGCCAAGCAGUCUUCCUCAAAGGCAACCUUGCUAAGACAUGCUGAUAUGGUAGUUCAAAAUUCCAAGAACAAAUUGCAGUCUCCUGCCACCAUGGGACAUUUCCAUCUCCAAAGAAUAGCUAUUUUAGAGGCCAAGGGAGCCUGCAAGUGGUUCACUCCAGAUGAACUACGUACUGUGACCAAGGAAUUCCGCCCUCAGAUGGUGAUAGGAGAGGGAGGCCAUGGAAAGCUGUAUAGAGCGCAACUUGCAGAUGACAAAGCUGCGGCUGUCAAGGUUCUCAAUAUUAAACAUGGGUCAGGAGAGAAGCUCCUUCGUGAAGUGGAGAUUUUGAGUGAGUUGAACCAUGAGCACAUAAUUCGACUCAUCGGGUACUGCUAUUGUAAAGAUAUGCAUUCAAUAGUUUAUAAUCUCCUACAGGGGAGCUUGAAACAGAAAUUGAAACAGCUCACAUGGAGUGAGAGAGUGAAAGUUGCAGUUGGGUUGGCAAAGGCACUGGAAUACCUCCACCAUUCUUGCUCCCCUCCAAUCAUACACAGGGAUGUGAAUUCUUCAAACAUUCUUCUUUCUCACCAUUGCCAACCUCAGCUGUCAAAUUUUGGAGAAGCUAUAGUACAUGAUCAACCUGAGCAACCUUUAGCAAACAAGAAACCAGCCCGCAUGGUUGGGACCUUUGGGUACUUGGCACCAGAGUACAUCAUGUAUGGGAAGGUUGAUGAGAAGACAGAUGUGUACUCAUUUGGCGUUGUGCUUUUGGAACUGAUCACUGGAAAAGAGGCCACUGAUGCAGACCAGAAGUCUAACCCUGAAAAUUUAGUGCCCUGGGCAAGGUCUUUACUUUGCCAAGGACUAUGUGAUCGAUUAAUAGAUCCCUACUUGCAAGAAGAUUACAAGAAGGAAGAAAUGCAGAAAAUGAUGACUGCAGCGAGAUUGUGCCUCAUGCAUUCAUCUUCUAGAAGACCAACGAUGAAAGUGAUUCUGAAGUUGUUAGAAGAGCAAGAGUAUUGGCUAAGGGGUAAAGGCAGAGAAGAGUUCUUAAAUUGGAUAGGCUCCAAAGGUGAAUAUCAGUUAUGGAGACAUAGUGAGAUAGGCAGCAGAAUUACAAUUAUGGAGGACAUCUAGUAACUUUUAAGCCAAUGUACGAGUCAUCAUGAUACAAGUAUCAACAAUACACCCAGAAGAAAGCUCUCAACAGGUAAUUCUAUUGUGGCAGCCAACAUCUACACCACUUUGUGUACAUUGCAAUGUUCCUUGAAAA